AUGGAAGAAGUAUUUAAGAACCUAAAGGGCAUGACUUAUGUCUCCGACCCAAAUGCCAGUGACUCCAUCACUAACUAUACAAAGAAGAGCGCCGCCGCCUCAACAUAUACCGCCGUUCCCACCGCCGCCACAGCGGCGAACAAGAGGUCUCUCAAAGGAAAUGGUGGCUUCGGUGGAACAAUGAGGUACCGUGGCGUUCGCCGCAGGCCUUGGGGGCGUUAUGCUGCUGAGAUACGAGACCCCCAGUCCAAGGAACGGCGUUGGCUCGGGACUUUUGACACCGCCGAGGAGGCUGCAUGCGCCUACGACUGUGCAGCUCGAGCUAUGCGUGGGAUCAAGGCUCGAACCAAUUUUGUCUACUCGGCGAGCGAUCAUUUCCUUCCACCUUGUACCUUCUCGAAGCAGUCACAGUCAUCCAGCAGGGACAUUAACUGCAUCCGUCAUCAGUUCGGCCAAUCUUCUAACUGGCCAUCGCUGGCAAACCAACAUUCCGGUGACUUCUCCGUUGGGUCUUCUGCUCAAAGAAACGCUUCUCCGAACAUGGUUUUAUUCCGCAACCUCUUGAAUUCAUCUAAUUCAUCUCUCCACGCGCCGGCUCCUCAGUCUCUGGCGGACUAUAUUCCAUUCGUCAACGGAAAUGCUUACUCUUCUUCGUUUUCUUUCACUUUUCCAGCUAAUUCAAGCGUUUUGCCCGGUGCAUCUUUGCUGAAAUCCUAUACCAACAACACUACUCGAAGGGCAACCGAUAGCGUAUCCGAUUCUUUCACUGGCACAACCAUGACGCACACUCUCCAGGAAACCGUCGAUGAUAUGGAAUUCUUCCAGCAGGAGCCUUCAGAUUCCGGCUUGUUGCAGGAAAUAAUUCAAGGGUUCUUACCGAAGAAAUCAGGUGAACGUAAAGUUACCUCGAACUGCACUCAACAUCCAAUAGCAGUUCAUGUAACCGAGUUGAAGAAUGAACAUUUAGGUUUCUAUAAUGCCGAUUACAAUCAAGGAUUCCCUCAACAGGUGGAGAGUUUCAGUGGAGUCACUGGCUCUGAAUCGGUACCCUAUGCUAAUGAAGUACCAACGAAAUACCUGCAGGUAGGUCAAGACUGCUUGUUAGAUGAUAUCUUUCAGUACCCAGAUUUCAUGGGUGCCUUAGCAGCUAGGGCUCAAAAUGCUGGAGCACAUCAAUAUGUUUAG